UGCCAGUCGACUCCAAAGCAGAAGAAAAGUGCUGCUGGUGCCCGAAAGAAGCAGAGGAGCCCGGCCAAGCAGAGCGCCGUGACCCGGCAGCCACCAUCCUCACCUCCGCCCCCCUCCGCCCGACGAGAGCAGGAGGAGGAGGAAGAGCUGGCUACUGGGCCUCGGCCGCCGCACGAGGAAGAGGAGAAGCCGAAGGAGGUGGGGACGCUCACCGUCAGGGUGAAGCAGGAGGAAACGGAAGAGGAGAAGGAGGCCCAAGGCCGGAGAGACAUGCCCUCAGUACAGAUCAAACCAGAGCCAGAGGAGAUGGAGUGCACGGCGGAUGUAGGUGAUGACUGCUCCCAACCCACAGACCUGAAGAUGAAGUCAGAGUUCAAGGCGGAGCCGUCUUCGCCUCACUCGAGUCCCGCUGAGGACCAGACCGAACCCGUCGACCUGUCGCUCAACAAGCCCCGCUCUGCUUCCACAACGAGCUCCACGGUCAACCCGGCGCCCAGCAGCGCCGCAUCCCAGCCCGGCCUUUCAGCCACGCCGGUUCCCUCCACGGUACAAUCCAUAGGCUCCAUGGUCCUCUCUCCAGGUUCUAUCCUAGCAACACAAGGAGCCGGAGGACAGCAGAUUCUCCACGUCAUCCAUACAAUCCCAUCGGUCAGCAUGCCGAGCAAGGUGGGCCAGCUGCAGACCAUCCCUGUGGUGGUGCAGUCGCUUCCUGUAGUUUACACCACCAUGCCCACAGACGGCGUCGCAACGGCAGCCAUCACAGUUCCACUGAUAGGCAGCGACGGGCGCUCAGAAGGAUCAGUUCGCAUCAAGCCGGGUUCGACGUCUCCAGUGGAGUAUCAGAGUGACAGCGACGCAGAGAGUGGUACAGAGUCCGGAUCGGCCUCCCUCAGCGCCCAGAGCAUCGACGCAGGGUCAGUUAUAGACUUGGAACCUGUUGACCCCGAUACACUAGACCUAAAGAGGCGGCGGAUCCACAUGUGUGACUAUGAAGGCUGUAAAAAAGUUUAUACCAAGAGCUCUCACCUCAAAGCCCACAGGAGGAUACACACAGGAGAGAAGCCGUACCACUGUACUUGGGAGGGCUGCACCUGGCGCUUCGCCCGCUCCGACGAGCUCACCCGACACUUCCGCAAGCACACAGGAAUCAAACCUUUCCGCUGCACGGAAUGCGACCGCUCUUUCUCCCGGUCUGACCAUUUGUCCCUUCACCGCCGCCGCCACGUGAUGAUGUGAACUCCCCUCCAAAACCAGCCCGUCGAACCGACCUCCGACCCUCUCGGGCUCCCAGAGUCCACCCGCGCAGACAAGAGCCUCCACGAUGUUCCACGUUUUGCGUCCAGGAUUUCUAAACACAAUCUGCAAAGGGGGAACAAGAACACUUCCUCCUUCUCUCCACGUUGAAAUUACAGGACAACUGGGAGUGUGUCUGUGCAUACGUGUUUAUGCAUGGUGGAUUUAUUAAUUAUCUUCAUUGUGCGCCCCAGUUCAGUCCUAUCUCAAAAUCCUGAACUCAGUUUUUCAAUAGCAAUGGAAUAAGAAGAUGGGACUGAAACUCACUCAUUCAUCCCUCCAUCCCUCCAUCCAUCCAUCCAUCAGUCCAUCCAAGGGAGAGGAGGAAGAGUAGGGGAU